CACAAAAUUUGGACGAUAUAAAACGAAAGAAUGAAUUAGCUUCACCGAGUAAAAAUUCUUUUUCUAACCUCUCUCACCCCUACCCUAAUCUUAUCAGUACAUACGUGCACGUAGGCAGAAGCGCGCGCGCGCGUGCGUACGUCUCUCUCUCUCUCUCUCUAUCUCUUUCUAUUCGUCGAGUCUACACCGACAACACAACGCGAACGUCGUCGUUUCGUUCUCUCUCCCAGAGUGCGACAGUGCAUUCUCCGAACGACGACGCACACGUGCGUCGAUAUGACGCCGUCGGGACUCUCCUUCAUCUUUUUCUUCAUCGACAAGGAGCACCAGCAACAGCAGCACCAGCAAUAUCAUCUUUGCUAUCACUACCAUUACAGCUACUCGCAACGAUCACAGUGCAAGACUUCGAUUGGCUAUUGGUACUAAAGACGAAAGAAAGAAGCAAGGAAAAAAGGAAGGUGGCCUGCUGAUAAGAAGAAGAAUCAUUUUCUUUGUCCUAGAAGAAAUCGUAAAACAGGAGGAGGAAGAUUUUGAUCGACAUUUGGUCGAAAAUCGAAUGUGGUGUUGUUCGUGUUGGUUAGCUAGAGAGGCAUCGGUGACACCGACGGCUACGGUAGCCCAGUCGUAUUUGGACGAUCUGGUACGUGAAAAAGUAUAUUGGAUGAAAAAGGGAGGUUGCCGGUGAUGGACAAUGAGCAGCCGCACCAGGAACUGGUCAAGUGCGUGGUCGUGGGUGACACAGCAGUCGGAAAGACCAGAUUGAUAUGUGCUAGAGCAUGCAACAAACACGUCUCUCUAUCCCAAUUGUUAACCACACACGUACCCACAGUUUGGGCUAUCGAUCAGUAUAGAAUUUAUAAAGACGUAUUAGAACGAUCGUGGGAAGUCGUGGACAACGUUAACGUAUCUUUACGUCUUUGGGAUACGUUUGGUGAUCACGAAAAGGAUCGUCGAUUUGCCUAUGGCAGAUCGGACGUCGUUUUAUUAUGUUUCUCCAUAACAAAUCCGGUUUCAUUACGGAAUUGCAAGGCAAUGUGGUAUCCGGAAAUACGUCGAUUUUGUCCUCAAACGCCAGUCCUAUUGGUCGGAUGCAAAAACGAUUUACGAUAUAUGUAUCGAGAUGAGACCUACUUGAGUUACUUCCGGGAUCGUAGUCCAUUCGUAAGGGCUACGAGAAAAAGUGAUUUGGUCAUGCCUGAUCAAGCAAGAGCGGUAGCACGAGAGUUAGGUGUAUGUUACUAUGAAACUAGUGUCUUCACUUAUUAUGGCGUCAACGAGGUAUUUGAAAACUCAAUAAGAGCCGCCCUAAUUGCAAGAAGACAGCAACGCUUUUGGAUGACGAAUUUGAAAAGGGUACAAAGGCCUUUGCUUCAGGCACCAUUUUGUCCGCCGAAACCAGUACCGCCAGAAGUUUAUCUAACAGCAAGUACAUACGAGGAAAAUAUGAAAACAUUAUGGACAAAGCCAGUUCAUACCGAUGUAACAUUAAUAGCAGGCAAUUGCACCUUCCCAGCUCAUCGAUGUUUAUUAGCGGCAGCUUCGCCUGCAUUUCAUCGGCUCUUCUCGACGGAACUUGCUCAUGAACAUACACCAAGAAGUUCGAGCGAGUCUAGUAUGGUAAGCACUUUUGGCGAGGCCACAGUAGGCGAUUUUAACGACGAUACCGAAUGCCUGAUUCGCAUUGAUCAAAGCAAACCCUCAAAAGUAUGGGAACAAUUGAAAAGAAGAUCGAGCUUUCAAGUUUUACCAACGAUGGAUAAUCAAAGGAAAGCUAAUGGUGCUACGAGGGAAUUAAAUCAUCCUGCAUUUCAAAAUAUACGCAUUUGCAUGAGUGAAAAUUCAAAUGGAGUGCAACAACCUACUACAGUGGUGACUCUCUCGAAGCUCAUUACGCCCCAGGCUAUGCAGCAAUGCUUGCAGUUCAUCUACACAGGCAGCUUGGAUAAACGGUAUCACGAUCUACAAACAGCUCCUAUUGGGCUAUUACUGGAGAUCAGACAAGCAGCUGAGUUCCUUGAGCUACCGCAAUUGUUAAUGGUACUUGGAACAAUACAAACUCGUGAACAAUUUGCUAACAGUGAUCUAAAUAAUCGUUAUAAGCAAGUGGUUAGACAACGGCUCGAGGAUAUUUGUCUUGAACAAGGAUUAUUCGCCGACGUUGUAUUUGAAUUGGACGACGGUAGUAUGCCAGCUCAUCGUGCUAUUCUAACUGCUCGAUGUGACGUAAUGAAAGCAAUGUUCUCCGGUGAUUUUCGUGAGAGCAGCGCCAAAAUCAUAGUUUUCCCUGGAGUUAGAGAAUACACAUUUCAUAAGUUACUUUGUUACUUGUACACGGACGAAGUACCAGCGAUUUCAUCGGCCAGAUGUUUGAAUCUUUUGGAAUUAGCUAAUAGAUUGUGUUUACCAAGAUUGGUUAAUCUUGUCGAGAGCAGAGUAAUCGAGGAUCUUAAAAGAUUAUCGCAGAACGAAGGGAACGAGGCCGUUGAAAAUUGUUUGAGAUUAUUGGAACCUUGCAAGUUACACAAUGCGGAUCAAUUAGCGGACUGGUGUAUGAAUCAUCUGUGCGUGAAUUAUAAUAAACUAUGUAAGAUGUCACCUCGUAGCGUGCGCUUACUUCAUCCAGAAAAUCAAGAAUAUUUGAAUGAACAUCGAUGGCCGCCAGUGUGGUAUCUGAAAGACUACGAUUAUUAUCAAAAAUGUCUAGCCGAACAGGUUCGCGAGAACAAGCCUACCUUGAAAAGAAAUCGGAAUCAAUCGGUUUGCUUGUGUUUCUCAGGCUCAAGUAAAACUAGACGUGAGAGUACGAACAAUGGCGCCGUUAAUGGCGGCGCAUCGGCUACGUCGACUGAACAACAAGCAGCCGAACGUCCUCUUUUUGAUGCCACGACGGAAUCGGGGGAACAGGCUGUAUGACAGGAGCCUAGCGGCCAUAGCCGCUCCGUCAGAUUCGUUCUGAUAUUACCUGUGCUCUUGGUCUUCAUUUGCACCAUUUUUACCAUUUUGAUACUCCUACAGAUUUAUACUUAAGGUACGCGAGAAUUACUAAAGAAAAAUAAAAAGAAAAAUAAAAAUAAAAACCACACAUACGUAACACACGUAUAUACACGGAGAGCGAAGAAGAUGAAGAUGAAGAUGAAGAUGAA